AUGACUAAAGAACAUAGGAAAAUUAAUAAGUCUUUUUUAUUCUCACUUUUCAACACUACGCACUGGCGUUUUGGCGUACAUUGUUCCUACGCCACUGCGGGUAUACCAAGUAGGUCAUCUAUUGCCCAAGUAUAUGUUCAUGUAACACCAAUAAAUGAACACACUCCAAUUUUCUCAUCGCCCACUGGUUAUUCAUCAUCAAUUAGUGAAGGCGCUCCUUUAGGAACAAUGCUCAUGACCUUGUCUGCUUCAGAUGAUGAUUCUGGUUCACAUGGUCAAGUAAGAUAUUCUUUUUUAUCUGGAAAUGCAAAUGGUGAUUUUGCGAUUGUCUCGAGCAAUGGAGAAAUCGUUACAACAAGUAGGUUAGAUAGAGAAACUACUGAUUCAUAUACAUUUACUGUAAGGGCUUCAGAUAGUUCACCCGGCAGCGCAGAUGAACGAUCUGUUGAUGCAACAGUUAAUGUGAUGAUUACUGAUGCUAAUGACAAUGCUCCAAUCUUCUCACCAUUGGUGUACACAACAACUUUGCUUGAAGGAGCUGGUGUUGGAACGAUAGUGGAAGCAGUGACAUCGACAGACAGGGAUCUUGGUACCAAUGCGGUUACAACAUACAGCAUUACAGCUGGAAAUAGUGAUGAUAAGUUUGCAAUGGUUAGUAAUGAGAUUGUUACAACAGGUGCACUAAACCAGACUAACAUUGCUCAAUACCGAUUAGAGAUCACUGCAACAGAUCGUGGAAUUCCUCCACUAAGCUCGGUUGCACAUGUAGUAAUAAAUGUCCUUGUCCAGAAUGACUAUACACCUGUAUUUAAUGAGUACACACGAACAGUGUCCAUUCUGGAAAAUAUCCCCAUUGGGUCGUCUAUAUACACUGCAGUGGCAACAGACGGUGAUCAUGAUAGUCUAGCCUAUUCAAUCACACGGGGAAACAGUUUAAACAACUCUACAUUCAUUAUAGAUUUUGCAACAGGUGAAGUAAAAGUUGGCUCAUACUUAGACUAUGAUACCAAUCCACAGAGGUAUACACUUACAAUAAGUGUAAGUGAUGUAAUGGACUCUACAAACACUCGUAACACAAACACAAUGACUCUGACUGUGAAACUCUUGGAUGUCAAUGACAACGCUCCUGCGUUCCCACAAAGCUCAUAUACUGUUAAUAUUGACGAAUCAGCUGGCAUUGGUGACAAGGUUGCUGUGUUAAGUGCAACAGAUGCUGAUGCAACCAGCAACGCUGAUAUCUUGUACUCCAUAUCAGGAGGGGAAGGAAUAGAUCUGUUUACCAUUGGUGCAUCAACUGGAGAAAUAUUCACACUUGAUAGUUUGGAUGCGGAAACAAAAUCAUCAUAUGUUAUUCAUGUAAAAGCAAGUGAUCGAGGAACCCCUGCUUUGUCGACGAUAAUUAACGUUGUGGUCAAUGUUAAUGAUGUGAACGAUAAUGUCCCUACGUUUGAACAUGUACUGUACAGUACAAGCAUACUUGAAAACCAACCAGAGAAUACUUUUAUUGCUACAGUAAAUGCAGACGAUGGUGACACUAUGGUAAAUGGUCAGAUAACAUAUAGUAUUCUGAGCAGUACAGAUCCAAAUGGUCAUUUUAAUAUCAAUGCAAGCUCUGGUCUAGUGACAACAAAUGCUAUAUUGGACAGGGAAUCUAUUGACGGGUAUGACUUAGUUAUACUUGCAGUAGACAAUGGCUCCCCUCCACAAACUGGUUCAGCUACUCUUAGCGUUGAUGUGAAAGAUACAAAUGACAAUAGCCCCAUCAUACAUAAUUCCCCAACAACUAUUACGAUUGCAGAAGAUAUUGUCAUUGGUACAGUUGUGGGUGCCAUUAACGCUACAGAUGAUGAUAUAGGAAUUAAUGGAGAGUUGAAAUUUUACAUUGUUAACGGAGAUCCUCGUAAGAACUUUAAUGUAGAUAUCAAUAGCGGACAAAUAUCAGUAUUCUCAAAUUUGGACAGGGAAACUUCUUCCGUGUAUGUUUUGAGUACUAAAGUAGAAGAUAAAGGCAGUCCAAAAUCAACAACAACCGGAUGUACCACUGUUUCCAUAACGGAUAUUAAUGACAAUCGUCCAGUUUUCCCUCUUCCAAAGUAUGAGUUCAACUUACCAGAAGAUGUUGCUUUACUGACGAGUGUAGGUCAAGUAACAGCCGGCGAUGCAGACUUUGGUCUAAAUGCAGCAAUUGAAUAUUCUAUAAUUGAUGGUGAUAUAAACAAUGUUUUUACCAUUAAUGUCAACACAGGUUCCAUAACAACAAACAGAUUGCUGGAUUUUGAAACGAGUUCAGUUUAUAAAUUGGUGAUCCGGGCAAGCGAUAGAGGGAUACUCUCAUUGUCGUCUACAAUCGUUUCUUAUAUUACCAUCGAAAAUGUAAAUGAACGUCCACCUGUUUUUAUACCUUCUGCUGUAUAUACAGUUUCUGUUAGUGAAUCUGCCAAAUUUGGUGACACUGUGAUAGCCAUUCAGGCUGAGGAUCCUGAUCAGGAGAGUGUUAUAUAUACGAUAUUAUCAGGAGAUCCAAUGGGUUUAUUCACAAUUGAUUUCAAUAGUGGAAUGGUUUCGUUAAUUGGUGUGUUGGACAGAGAAAUUUCACCGAGUUACACACUAAUUAUCAAGGCUGAUGAUGGCAGAGGCCUUACAAAUGAUGCUAUAUUAAAUAUCGCUAUUGUUGAUGUUAAUGAUAACGAACCCGAAUGCCUUGAAUCUCAUAUCGUAGAAUACAUACCUGAAAAUGUAAAUAACUGGUAUGAAGUGACAACUGCCACGUGUACAGAUGUGGACAUGGGUAGAAAUGCAGAUUUGAGAUAUGCUAUCACUUCAGGAAAUCUUGGAAAUGUAUUUUCAAUUAAUCCUUCAUCCGGUGUAGUUAAUGUUAUGAACAAUUUAGAUUACGAAUCGAUUACUGAAUACCAGCUCACUAUAACUAUAACAGAUACUAUGGGAGCAAUAACAAGAUCGACUCUUUCAAGCACCAUACUGCUGUCGGUGUAUGUGACGAGAGUGAAUGACUUUGAUCCAACUUUUACUACACCAGCGGGUGGGUACCUAACAAACAUAUCAGAGUCAUUGGCUGUCGGCCAACACGUCUUACAAGUAACUGCUACCGACGCUGACAGGGGUGUGGAUGGAGAUCUAAAGUACACAAUCAUAAGUGACAGAGAAGUUGAUGAUGCUUUUACUCUACGGAUAAAAGCUGAAGAUAGUGCAGUAAAUGCAACAAUGAGACGUUAUGUUGAAGAAACCGUCAAAGUGUAUGUAGACGAUGAAAAUGAUAACAUUCCUUUAUUUACUCCAUCCGCAUAUUCAACAACAGUUCUUGAGGGAGAACCAAUUGGAGCGAGUAUUACGUUGCUUACUGUGACUGAUGCUGAUAUUGGUACCAAUGGUGAUGUUAAUCUCGUCAUCAGUGAAGGAAACUCAAAUGCGGUAUUUCUACUCGAUGGUAACACGUUAAAGAUUCAGAGGAAGCUAGACCAUGAAUUAAGACCCCGGCAUAACCUCAAGAUAAUGGCAACUGAUGCAGGACAUCCACCUUUGUCCUCCAUUGCGACUGUGUCUGUGUCAGUCCUGUCACAAAAUGAAUUUGUUCCACAAUUUGUUGACAAUGCCACAAGGACAAUAACAAUUCCAGAGAACAUAGCAAUCAAUUCAGUAAUUUACGAAGCUUCGGCAACUGAUUUUGAUAAAGGAAUACAUGGUGAUCUUACCUACUCUAUAACAAGUGGGGUCGAGAAUAAUGAGUUUAUUAUGGAUUACACAACGGGGAUACUUUCGGUUGGAAGUGUUCUUGACUAUGAUGUCCCUCCUAAGGCAUAUACGCUUACAUUAUCUGUUGUUGACACUGGAGAUGUGACAUACAGCGCAACGAUGACUCUGGUAAUAACACUAAGUGAUAUCAAUGAUAACCCACCUACAUUCUCCAACCGUAUGUACAAACUCUCAAUCCUAGAGGACACUCCAGCAGGAACAAAUGUCACUAUUAUAACUGCUUAUGACAUCGAUUCAGCAGGCCCUAAUAAUACUAUAGCAUAUAGAAUAGUUGGUGGAGAUACCGUUAACAAGUUUAUGGUUCAUGCAGAAGAUGGGACGAUAGGUUCCAUAACAGAACUAGACCGGGAAUCACAAGAAUCAUACCUUAUGUACAUAAUGGCCACGGAUGCUGGUACUCCUGCUCUAUCAAGUAUGGCAGCAGUAAGCAUUACACUAAUUGACGUUAAUGACAAUUCACCAGUGUUCCAACUGGAAACAUACGAGGCCACUGUUCGAGAGAAUCGAGCCAGGGGAGAACAGGUCGUGUAUGUGUUGGCAACAGAUGAGGAUGCUGGGCUAAAUAGUAAGGUGACAUAUAACAUCAGUGCACAGUCUGACCCCAAUGGCCACUUCUACGUUGAUGAUAAUACCGGUAGGAUACACACAACAGCUAGUCUAGAUAGGGAAAGUAUUGACAGGUAUACUUUAAUUGUACUGGCAGCUGAUAGCGGAUUACCCUCUCUUACUAGUUCAGCAACUGUUACAGUUAAUGUAGCUGAUGAGAACGAUAAUGACCCAAUCUUUAAAGACCUGCCAUAUAGAACUAGCAUACAUGAAAACACCACACGAUUAGCACAAGCGUUACAAAUCAACGCUGUGGAUUAUGACACUGAACAAAAUGCCAUGCUUAUAUAUAGGAUUCAUAGUGGUAACAUUAAUGGUGAUUUCACUAUCAAUUCUAUGUCUGGUAGCAUCACCAUUGAAAAGGAACUUGACAGAGAAAGAAUCAAUCAGUAUAAGAUAGUGGUCGCGGCUGAAGACACUGGUAUCCCUGUAAGGUCAGACACUGCCACAGCAACCAUUACAGUUCUAGAUAACAACGAUAACCCUCCCGCAUUCACAAGUGACUCCUAUACAUUAUAUGUGAGUGAGAACACUCCAUUAUUGUCCAUAGUGGGGACUAUCACGGCAACAGACCCUGACAUCAACAAUAAUGGCGCCAUCCAGUAUGAAAUAUCUGAGGUUAUAUCUGGAUUUAAUAAUUUCAUUAUCGAUUCAGCAAUGGGAGUUAUUAAAACGAAUCAUGUGUUAAAUCGUGAACACACACACAGAUAUGAACUCCGAUGCAUCGCAAAAGACAAUGGUGAACCAGUGUUAACUGGCACUACGACUGUAACCAUUAUCGUUGAAGAUCUAAAUGACAAUGCACCUCUGUUCAACCAGGCACAGUAUGACAUUACCAUAGUAGAGAACACACAAGUCGGAAAUGUCAUAUUCCAAGUUCAAGCCACUGAUAUGGAUCUAUCAAACAAUGCAAAUUUAAUCUACUCCUUGGCACC